GCAAGCGCUACUCCAUCUUCCGUAAUGAUUUCUGUGGUUGCUAGCAUGGUUUCCGAGUUUUCAAGAGGAAAGCGAGGAAACCUGGUUUAAACUAUUUUAAAAUUAAUUUAUUGCGUUUAAUUAUAUUCUUAGCAGGGUAUACUUCGAGCCACGUUUGCUACAUUGGAUUUUGAAUCAAGAAUGGAAUUUUUUUUUAGAUAAAUCUUUAUUUUUCUCAGUUUUUUUAUAACUAAUAAACCAUUGUUGGGAAAAUAGGGCUCUGCGCGCUUCGGAAAGUCGUGGUUUUAAAGAAACCAUGUAACCCAUCCCACUAGACCUCCCCAGCAGUCAGUAAGAUGGAGGAUGAGUGCCCGACACUAAAGCCCCGUCGGAUCCAGAACCAGAAUGUGGUCCACCGGCUGGAGCAGCGGCGGGUCUGCUCGGGCAGGGCCGGGGCUCACUGGUACCGAGUGCGCUGCUUUCACCAGAACUUGUUCUCCAACUUCACGGUAGUGAACGUGGAGAAGCCCCCCUGCUUCCUGCGCAAGUUCUCCCCAGACGGCCACUGCUUCAUUGCCUUCUCCGCGGACCAGACCUCGCUGGAGAUCUAUGAGUACCAGGGCUGCCAGGCGGCGGAGGACCUGCUCUGGGGCCAGGAGGGGGAGACCUUAGCUAACGGCAACGACCAGCGGUCCCUUAACAUUCGCGGGCGCCUCUUUGAACGUUUCUUUUCUCUUAUGCACGUCACCAAUGUGGCGUCCAACGGGGAGCACCUGAAUCGCGAGUGCAGCCUCUUCACGGACGACUGCCGGUACGUCCUUGUGGGCUCGGCAGCUUACCUCCCGGAGGAGCCCCACCCGCACUUUUUUGAGGUGUACCGCAACAACGAGUCAGUCACCCCUAACCCCCGCUCGCCCCUGGAGGACUACUCCCUGCACAUCAUAGACCUCCACACGGGCCGCCUCUGUGACACCCGCGCCUUCAAGUGCGACAAGAUCAUCCUGUCCCACAACCAGGGGCUCUACCUCUACCGUAACAUCCUGGCAGUGCUCUCCGUGCAGCAGCAGACCAUCCACGUCUUUCAGGUGACUCCAGAGGGCACCUUCUUGGACGUUCGGACGAUUGGCCGAUUCUGCUACGAGGACGACCUCCUGACCCUGUCGGCUGUGUACCCCGAGGCGCAGGCUGAAGGGCAGCCGGGGUUCUCGCGGCUCUACAAGGAGAAGACCAUCAACUCUCUGAAGCACCGGCUGAUGGUGUACCUGUGGCGGCGGGCGGAGCGGGACGGCAGUGCCACCGCCAAGCGCCGCUUCUUCCAGUACUUUGACCAGCUGCGGCAGCUGCGCAUGUGGAAGAUGCAGCUGCUGGACGAGCACCAUCUCUUCAUCAAGUACACCAGCGAGGACGUGGUCACCCUGCGAGUCACGGACCCCUCCCAGCCAUCUUUCUUCGUGGUAUACAACAUGGUGUCGACGGAGGUGAUGGCUGUGUUUGAGAACACGUCGGACGAGCUGCUCGAGCUCUUUGAGAACUUUUGUGACCUGUUCCGUAACGCCACGCUGCACAGCGACGCAGUGCAGUUCCCCUGCUCCGCCUCCAGCAACAACUUUGCACGGCAGGUCCAGCGCAGGUUUAAGGAUACGAUAGUGAACGCCAAGUACGGCGGCCACACCGAAGCAGUGAGGAGACUCCUGGGUCAGCUACCCAUCAGCGCCCAGUCCUACAGCAGCAGCCCCUACCUGGACCUCUCGCUCUUCAGCUACGAUGACAAGUGGGUGUCUGUGAUGGAGCGCCCCAAGACCUGCGGCGACCAUCCCAUCCGGUUUUAUGCCCGGGACUCGGGGCUGCUGAAGUUUAAGAUCCAGGCAGGCCUCUUGGGUCGGCCUAUCAACCAUGCGGUACGUAGACUGGUGGCUUUCACAUUCCACCCCUUCGAACCCUUCGCUAUCUCCGUGCAGCGCACCAACGCAGAGUACGUGGUCAAUUUCCACAUGCGCCACGUCUGUGUCUGAAGGACCUGAGGGGGACAGGCAGCUACUGACUGGUGCACAAUGGGGUUGUGAGUGUCCCUGUUUCAAAUAGGUUUUCUCAUACUCCACUGUUAUCAAUCUGCUUUUAAGCGUGGUCUGGGAUUAACAGUUCUGAACCUGCAUUUUAAUGAAGAAACAGGUGAAGUGACCACUAUAGCAAUACAGGGUGCCUUCAGAAACGUGUUGAAUUGUCCUAAGACUGUAUUGUGCUGGCCUUGGGGCCCAUCUUCAGUCAUGGAAAGAGAAAACUGUCUAAUAGUGUUUUUAAACGGAUGAACUGUACCACAUCAUACUGUGCUGCCAUGGUCCAGAAAGACCAUUAUCAAUAACAAUGAAACCAGGUCCAAAAUGUUUUCACAGUGUCAGGAAAAGCCUGGGGUUGGAAGUCAAUAAAAUGAAAACGUAUGUUUGAGCUAGGGUUUUGUUCUUACACGCUCCUUGGAGGUGUAACUACCAGGAUUUUAAAUGAGGUUACACUUUUUAAUUUCUUCUUUUUUCUUUUAUAGUGUAUACACAUAUUCUGCAUCACAGGAUUGAUUAAAUACAAAGCAGCUGAGAGCUUGUUUUACUUUUUAAAUGUAUUUUUUACCUGCCAAACAGGUAUAUUGUGCCCUGUUGUGCAUUUUAACAUUGUCGUUGGCCACACACGUGACCAGAAUGUGUAUUAGGCACAGGUUUGUGUUUCAUACAGGUUCUAUUAAAACUAGUGACAUUGAUACAUUAAAAUGCCUUUGAGGUUCACCUCAAUCACCUGUAAGCACAUGUAUUCAAACACCUCAAGAUUUGUCAUUUGUAUCUUUUAUACCUACCUGCAUGAAAACCUCAGGGUGUGAGAAUUUCAAUUUGUAGUCUGUAAUCAGUGAUAUAGAAACAAUAGGCACUUGUGUGAAAAUGUUCGACCACGUUGUGCUUUUAGUUAGGCAUCUUAAACAGUCUCCUGCACAUAAGUGUGGCUAUGUGUGUCUUUUCUCUUACUGUUUUUAAUUACUUUAAUUACUGGCUUAUUCAAGUUGUCAAUUAAAUUUAGACAAUCACUAAUUAGCUUAUUUUUUCAAGGUUUUCAGUUCCAGUGGUUUGAUUUCAUAUGCACAACAAAUCAAACCAACAGAAGCAACGGGGUGUUCUCAUACAGAAGCAGCUCAUACAUGUGCUACUGCUGUAUAGGCACACUACAGUAUAUAUUAACAGAAAAUGACACCCUCUGGUAUACUAACAUGUACAACAUGAGGAAAGUUGGGUGUUAUGAAAAUUGUUAACAGUAACGGUGCACUACAAAUGAAAAGGCUGGUUUUUAAGCUUUUAAAUUUCAGACGUCUCCUGUGGUAUUUAAUUUAUUUUUUUAAACAUUGUUCUCAAAUGUAGUCCUUUUUUCCCUAAAUGUAAAAGCGAAUGCAUUGAAACGCUGUGUGCAUGUAUUGUCGUGAGUGUGAGUGGGUGUCUGUGGGUGGGUUCCUUUUAUUUAAUUGAACAUGAAAGGUCUUGCUGCAGAAAAAGCACUCCAGGAGCUACAGCACCACACUGCAAUCAGAAUAAAAGUGCAGUACAGCACUACAGGACCUGGACUGGUGUACCAGUCGCUCUGUUCCAGUAGCAUACAAAUUACACUGUCAUAUAAAAAAAACAAAAUUUCAACACAAUAAAUAUUUUUGUAUUCAUGCCGCUGUACCGUGCCCCCCAGUUUGAGCCCCCCUUUCCUCAGAAACACGCAAUUAAAGAGGUUUCAUCUUGAAAGCUGUACAGCAUCAAAGAGUCAACCAUUUUCAACCAUGCAGGCUGCUUAAUAGACUCCGAAUUGACCUUUAACAUUAUGAGAUUGGCCAGUGUUUACAACCUGAUUAUAGCGUGAUCCAGUUCAUCUUGUAAAAUACAAAAGAGGGAUUAUAUUUUAUUUAUUUUUCUAAAAACCUUACUAAGUGUCUAACGCAGAAUCGAAUCCGAUAUUUAUUUUAGGUUGGCUGAUAUAUAGCGGUGUGCACAAUACGAUUUGAAAGCGCUCGGUGUGUCGAAAGCCAUUGUGUUUUUAUAGACCCGAGUCCAAGACUCCUUUCUCUUUUGAACAAAUAAUUCAGUUGUGAAAUGGUAUAAACAGCUGUUGUCAGUGUGUCUGAUUACCCCCUUGCUGGUAACAAGGCUGCCUCCUCCCCUGCAAUGCUCUUAUCCCUCAGUGCCAUUAUAAUGUAGGUCAAUUACGGGUUGGUUUUAGGAGGUCCUAACCCAAAAGUUCAAAAAGAACCAACUUCUUUAUUGUUUUUAUAUUCUCCAUAACAUUGUCAAUUUUUGUAAAUAUAUAUUUUAUAUUUAUCCGGUUCUGUUGCAAAUAAAGAUUUAAGUAUUUA